CGCGCCACGCGCCACCGGGGCAGAACGGGGUAGACGUAGCACGUUUGUUUUGCUGCUCGACGGAAACCAUCCGGUGGGCACAUGUUUCGGGAACCGUCCAGCACAACUGUCCGGACAAAGCUCGUCGUCGCCAAACCGUUAUCACCGCCAACCGGGCCUGCUAACGACCGAACGAGCGUCAGGCGCGGAUAAAAAUAUCAGCCCUGCGUUGGUAAAACAUUGCUGCACCGUGACCGUGUGGGAUUAGCUGUAGAUAACGGGCAUGCUUCGUUAGAGCAAAGUGAGCCACAAUUGGCGCAGCAUCUUCCAGCAUCCAGUAAUCAUCCGGAAAGUGUUGAACGCGCACGGUGUACCGACCGUGAACGAUGAGCAGCGGUUCGUUUGUGUCGGCGAUAUCGCCUUCAUCAGCAACCAGCAACCAGACGGCCUAAGGUGUUGUGCGUGCGGGGCUUGAACAGUUUCAAAUUACGCUUCAGUGUCAAUCGAAACGGAACGAGUACGGAACAUCAACAUCAAACGAUGGAAUCAACGAAGGAUAAGCACUCGAAAGUGAUAGAAAUCAAUGUACCGCCCGGUGGUACUGUCGGCGAUGGAGUGAAUGCACCGGCGGACUUCGAGACGGCCAUCGCCACCACUGGUUACGGUCGUUUCAACUACCUGCUGCUGCUGGUAGCGAUGCCCUGCUGCAUGACGACCGUAUUCGAGACGACCACCAUGUCCUACGUGCUGCCGAGCGCCGAGUGUGACCUGAACCUUUCCCUCGCUGACAAGGGCAUGCUGAAUGCCAUCACCUACACCGGAAUGAUAACAUCCGCCUUCCUCUGGGGCUUCCUGUCCGAUACGUACGGCCGGAAGCGGUUGCUGGUAGUGGGCUACCUUCUGGACAGCACCUUCAACGUUCUCUGCGCCCUCAGCCAGAACAUGGUGGCCAUAAUGGUUUUCAAAUUUAUGGGUGGCUUUGUCAUCUGUGGCCCGUUUGCCGUGCUGAUGGCGUAUCUGUCCGAGUUCCACAGCCUGCAGCAUCGAUCCCGCGUGAUGAUAGUGCUGGGAGUGUUUUACAGCGCUGCCAACAUGCUGCUGCCCGCAAUGGCCUGGCUUAUCAUUCCACAGCCCUGGAAUCUGGUCUUUGGCGACGGUGUGCUCGAACUACAUUCGUGGCAGAUUUUCCUGGCCGUAAGUUGCCUGCCGGGUGUGCUGAGCGGUAUCAUCGUGAUGUUCCUUCCCGAGAGCCCCAAGUUUCUCAUGUCCAAGGGCCAGAACGAGCGAGCGAUGGCCAUUUUCCGGCGCUUGUACGCUAUCAACACCCGGAGCCAGCAGGAGUUUCCGAUCCGAGAGCUGGUGGAUGAGCUACGGCAGGGGUCGAGCAGCGAACCGACGUCCGGUAAACAACCAUCAUCCGACAAAGCCACCCAUCCAGCGCCAAGCGGUGUGGGUGAAGGGUUCCGCCAGCUAGGGAUAAUGUUCCGGAAGCCACAUCUGAAGAAUGCCUGCCUGGCGUACGGUAUCCAGUUCGGUAUACUGCUCGGGUUAAACACAUUCCGACUCUGGGUGCCACAACUUUUCACGAUCAUCGAGGAGUUUGAGCACGAGCAGCAUCUACUGCCCGCGGAUGGAACGAUGGCACCGGCGUACGGUGCCUCCAUGGCCGCCGGUCAGGCAACGCUCUGCGAAAUGCUAGCCUAUAAGGUCAACAAAACCGAACAGCAACAUCAACAGUGGCUAGAGUAUGAAGUGUCUCGAGCGCUGCACGGUCCCGAUCCGGUCGCAAUGGAGCCGCUGGACGAUGUUCUCCAGUGUACAGCGACAACCGAGGGCCGGGUCUAUCUGUACUCAUUAAUCAUUGGAUGCGUCGGCAUUGGAGCGUACGCGGUUACGACCGUCAUGAUUAAUUCCAUCGGCAACCGGAACAUACUCACGUACGGUUUGCUGCUGGCCGGAUCCUGCGGUACCGCCCUGUACUGGGCACGAAGCUCACUCGUGACGCUGAUCCUAUCGUCGUGCUACAUCACCAUCUGCAGCAUAGCAUCGACGGCCCUGGUCGGUGCCGUUGUCUCCAUGUUUCCCACAUCGAUGAGGACAAUGGUGGUCUCGCUAACGAUGAUGUUUGGCCGGACCGGUUCCAUCAUCGGCAAUGUUGUGUUUCCCUAUCUGAUGGAGCUCGGGUGUUUGCCACCGUUUGUCAUGAUCGGUGCGAUUGUGAUAGCUGUUGCCAUGGUUUCGCGAUUGCUGCCACGCACGGUGAAAAAACCGCUCCAAUAAUUAAACCCUGGCCCGGAACGAGCGAAUGCUCAUUCUGGUGUAAUUGCUCAAUCAAUAUUAAACCAACACCGCGGGAUCAUCCGUGUCCUGGGAGAGAGGCUAAUUGGUACAUUAACGCAAACCAUCGCCACCCUCCAUCCAGCGUUUAGUAUCGUGCUACGUCGUAAAAGCGAAUAAUAAAAUCGUAAGAAGAAAGAACGAAAGAAUGAUUGGAAACGGCACGCACUGUCAACACGAUCGUUGCAAAUAAAAGUGUUUGCGAACAUUAUUUAAAUUUAUUAAACACCAAGCAAAUACGUAUUUCUUUAACUGGGAUACAGGCCUCCUUAAAUAUGUUAUUAAAUCAUAAUAACCAAAGAAAAAUGUUCUAGAGAUUAUUCAAACUAUACUUCAAUAAAUAAUUACUUAAAAAGUA